GGGUGAGAGGUGAUCCUCACUCGUAUGGAAGCAAAAACAUUUCACUCCGAGAUCACAUCUCAGUCCAGUUCCUCCAGAAUAUGUGCCGCUAGUCACCCCCUCCCGCCCUUCGAAGGAAAGGUAACCCCAGUCCUGGGACUCUCCUCCACCUUCCAAAUUUUCUUGCUCCGCUUUCCCUGGGACUCAGCCUUCACAGAGGCCAACUUCAUGUCCGCCACUAUCCCAGGAUUCCCGACUCCCUGUUUCCUGCCCUUCUCCCCUCCCAGCUCCCGGAGCCUGCGGGAGCGGCAAGAUGGCGGACGGUGACGGCUUGGGUGAAGCAGCGACUGCUGCGGCAUCUCCUCCUGCACCUGCUCCCGGCCUGAGCCCGUCGCUGGGCUGGAGGGAGCGGCUGCGGGCCGGGCUGGCUGGGACUGGGGCCUCGCUGUGGUUUGUGGCGGGGCUGGGACUGCUUUACGCUCUGAGGGUCCCGCUGAGGCUGUGUGAGAAUUUGGCUGCGGUGACAGUAUUUUUAAAUUCAUUGACACCCAAAUUCUACGUGGCACUUACAGGAACAUCUUCUUUGAUAUCAGGACUAAUAUUUAUAUUUGAAUGGUGGUACUUCCAUAAGCACGGCACGUCUUUUAUUGAACAAGUAUCUGUGAGCCAUUUGCGACCACUGAUGGGAGGAACAGAAAGCAGCAUUUCAGAGCCAGGUUCUCCUUCUAGAAACAGAGAAAGUGAAACCAGCAGACAGAAUUUGUCAGAAUGCAAGGUAUGGAGAAACCCUCUAAAUCUUUUCAGAGGAGCAGAAUAUAGGAGAUAUACUUGGGUGACUGGUAAAGAGCCACUUACAUACUAUGACAUGAAUUUGUCAGCUCAGGACCAUCAGACCUUUUUCACCUGUGACACGGACUUUUUACGUCCUUCAGACAUAGUUAUGCAGAAGGCAUGGAGGGAAAGAAAUCCUCCAGCUCGAAUCAAAGCAGCCUAUCAAGCUUUAGAAUUAAACAAUGACUGCGCCACUGCAUACGUUCUACUGGCUGAGGAAGAAGCGACAACUAUUGUAGAUGCUGAAAGAUUAUUUAAACAGGCACUCAAGGCAGGAGAAACAAUUUACAGGCGGUCACAGCAGUGCCAGCACCAAAGUCCUCAGCAUGAAGCUCAACUGAGAAGAGAUACCAAUGUACUGGUAUAUAUUAAAAGAAGAUUAGCAAUGUGUGCAAGAAAAUUAGGAAGAAUAAGAGAAGCAGUAAAAAUAAUGAGAGAUUUGAUGAAAGAAUUCCCUCCUCUUACCAUGUUGAACAUCCAUGAGAAUCUCCUAGAAUCACUUUUAGAAUUACAGGCCUAUGCAGAUGUUCAGGCAGUCCUAGCAAAAUAUGAUGAUAUAAGCCUUCCAAAGUCAGCAGCAAUCUGUUAUACAGCAGCACUAUUGAAGACAAGGACUGUUUCAGAUAAAUUCUCUCCCGAAACAGCUUCCAGAAGAGGGCUAAGCACAGCAGAAAUCAAUGCUGUGGAAGCAAUUCAUAGAGCUGUGGAAUUUAAUCCUCAUGUUCCAAAAUACUUACUAGAGAUGAAAAGUCUAAUUUUACCUCCAGAGCACAUUCUGAAACGGGGUGAUAGUGAAGCAAUCGCCUAUGCUUUCUUCCAUCUUCAGCACUGGAAGAGAAUAGAAGGUGCUCUUAAUCUGUUACAGUGUACGUGGGAAGGCACUUUUAGAAUGAUUCCAUAUCCAUUAGAGAAAGGCCAUCUAUUUUAUCCUUAUCCCAGCUGCACAGAGACUGCUGAUAGAGAGCUAUUACCUACCUUUCAUCAUGUUUCUGUUUACCCAAAGAAGGAGCUUCCUUUUUUCAUCAAUUUCACAGCAGGACUGUGUUCUUCUACAGCAAUGAUAGCUCUUCUCACACACCAGUUUCCUGAAAUCAUGGGUGUUUUUGCUAACGCUGUAAGUAUGAUCUCAAGGACUUGUGUAGAGUAUUUGUAAAACACACAAGAAACCAUCUCUGAUCUGUUUGUGCUAAGCCAGUUGUUCAGCAGAAGAUGUUUGUAUAGUAAAUUACAGGACUUGAUUUGUAAAGCUGCUGCUCUAAAUAUGUCAAACAUAA